AGAGAGAGAGAGAGAGAGAGAGAGAGAGAGAGAGAGAGAGAGCUAACGCUACAGCGACCGCACUGCUAGCACUGCAGCCCUAUGUGCUUUUAAAUGCAUCCAUAGGCAAACUUCUCUUAAUAGCGUGGCAGGAUAAACUAUUAUGCGUUUGGUGUGCCUUUUCGAGUCUUCGUAGUCUUGUAUUGUUAGUUUGGGGAGUUUGCGUCAGUGCAGGACGGUGUUAUUUGUUCAGAUCAGAGCAGUUGAGCCGAGUUAGCUUAGCUAUAGCGAGCAGCAUCCGAGUCGAAGUUCCUUCAAGCUCGCUUUGCGUUUUGUCGCCGAGAUGCCUGCAAUGUUAGAGAAGGGCACCACUGAGAUAUCGGGUAAACGAAGGGGCAGAAACUCUGUAAGUAACCCGGGCAAAAGUUUUACUUCAAAUGGGAACAGUAACAAUUCAUGGGAGGAAGGAAGUUCGGGUUCCUCAAGUGAUGACGAGCAUGGUGCGGGCGGGAUGCGAGUUGGACCACAGUAUCAGGCGGUUGUUCCCGAUUAUGAUCCUGAAGUAGCAAAGGCAAGCCAAGAGAGAGAGAAUCUCGGAAUGUUGGUGUGGUUUCCAAACCAGAGUAUACCAGAGGCCAAAUUGGAUGAGUACAUUGCAAUAGCCAAAGAAAAACAUGGGUACAAUAUGGAACAGGCAUUAGGCAUGCUGUUUUGGCACAAACACAACAUUGAAAAGUCUUUGGCAGAUCUUCCCAACUUCACCCCUUUUCCAGAUGAGUGGACAGUGGAGGACAAGGUGCUGUUUGAACAAGGUUUCAGCUUUCACGGAAAGACGUUUCAUCGCAUUCAGCAGAUGCUUCCAGACAAGUCAAUUGCAAGCCUGGUUAGAUUCUAUUACUCGUGGAAGAAAACACGCAGCAAAACCAGUGUGAUGGACCGUCACGCACGGAAACAGAAGAGAGACAGAGAGGAAAGGUUAGCUUGUGAUGAAGAGGCAGAAGAAAAUAGAUGCAUUUCUCCAGGGAAUGCUGAAUGUGAGCCAAAUAAAGAAGAAAAGAAAGAGGGAACAUCUGGACUUGAGAAACAAGAACCAAAACCAGCAGUUCCGCAAAAGAAAUCGAGACUCAUCAGACCAGGCAACAUUUUUCCAGUCUUCAACUGUCCAAUUUUGACAGGAUGGAAGCCCCAGCCCAGGAAGGAUGGAGACCAUCUCGUUUCAACAGGUCAGCCAGCAAACCCUGCAGAAAAACCAAUGCAUGUUAAGAAGGAGCCACAGGGACCAGCUGGCAGAAACCUACACAGGGCAAAGAAGAAACCUCCCAAAGGGAUGCACUUAAACUCCAGCGAUGUGACCGCAAUGUCCAGCAGCGGCUCUGCUGCAGUCAGCCUUCUGAGACAGAUCGAUAUGGAGCUCAUCGCCAUAAAACGACAGAUUCAGACCGUUAAACAGCACAAUAGCGCCCUCAGAGAUAAAUUGGACACAGGUGUGGAUGAAUUCAAGCCCUCUGAGGUUAAUCAGAAAUUUAAUACCCGCUGGACCACAGAAGAGCAGCUGCUUGCAGUACAAGCAAUAAGGAAGUAUGGGCGGGAUUUCCAAGCCAUUUCCGAUGUGAUUGGUAAUAAGUCUGUGGUUCAGGUGAAAAACUUUUUUGUGAAUUACCGUCGACGUUUCAACCUGGAUGAGGUGCUGCAGGAGUGGGAGGCCGAGCACGGCAUAGAGGAACGCAAGGGGUUGGAUGAAGAGAAGAUGGAGGUGUCUUCUGAAGAGGGCACAACUCCAGGAUCUGCAGAAAAUCAGACAGAGGAACCAACGCCAAUGGAAACACAGAACCCUUCAGCUUCCUGAGUUCUCGAGCAGCAGAGAUGAUCGUUCAAUGAGCUACGUUCAGUUGAUAUAACAGAUUUGCGUAAGAGGCAUUAAGCUUCAAAAGCUUCAAGUGUAGCCUCUUCAUAAUGGACAUUCCUCCCCUUAUCAACUCCCUCCACCCCGCUGAAUCCAGGACUCUACCAGGUACCACCACAUGGGAGCGCAAACUUCACUUACUAGUUACCCUGCAGAAACUGGGACUUCUGUCUUCCUUGUUUAUGGUCACUGCCAACAGGAGAGUCCCUGUUUGGUCUCUACCAGUCUGGUGGUCCAGCAUCAUGUUCAACCCUUUUCCACUAAUGGUAAUCGUUUUGUCACUGGGGGAAAGUAAAGCCCACUUAAACCCAUCCCAGCAUCAUUAGACAGUAAAUUGGGGUCUUAAAAACUCUAAAGGAGCUUUUUUGAUGGUGUGGCUCAAUGUCACUUGAUCAUCUUUUUCUUUCUAUAUCCAUAGGACUUAAUCCUGGUCAAGCAUCUCUUUCCUGUUACCCUUUUGUUACUAUAGUGUAUUAUUGUGUCACACUUUUUGUUAAGUAGUGUAGAAUUGGGAGGGCUUGGGCAGUUUAGGUGUUCUCUGAAUUAUGUUAAGCUAUUUAUUUACAUAAAAGUUGAGGUAUGAAUUAUGAAAACGGAAUUGUAUCUAAAUGCAUAAAAUGAAAAGUGAGUGUACAUGAAAUGCAAUAUAAUUUUUAUAUCAAUUUUAAUAUUAUUUUGCAGUAAAUAAGUUGAUUUGAAGCUCUUAUAUUGUGUGAAUUGGAUUAGUAAUAGGUCAUAUUAUAUAUGUUUAAUCAUGGACCUUGUACAUGGUGCAUUUUUAGGUUGUUGAAAUAUAUUUUAUCCACAAGGUUUCUUGGCAGAGGCUGUUAACUAAGAACAUGACAAAGUGUAGCAGUCGAGUGGAAAAUGGUUGUUUUAAAUAUUUUUGUUUUUGCUUGAAUUUUAAAGUGUGUUUUCUAUGCAUGGACAUAAGUUUCUCUUUGCCAAGGUCAAACGUUUCACCCUUAUAGGGGUGUCUAUACUAUAGGGAUUGCCAUAUGUAGUUAAAAAAUUCAGGAUAUGGGAGCACACAUUUCUACUGCUAUUCCAUGCUUGUAAGUUUAAAAGGUUCCUAUUUUUUCUCUAUUUUAAAUUGAAUAAGUUAUUUUAAAUACAUGCACAUCUUUUACGACCAACUUUUUCGCCUCUAAUAACUGUAAUGGUACCAUACAUGUGUGAACUCCUUUUGAACUUAUUAUGUGUGCUGAUGACAUGUAAAGGGUUGGGAUGAAAUUGUGUCUCUGUGUGUGUGGGUGUGGUCUAAUGUGGCCAUAGACUUCAAGGUAUAUUUAAUCGAUUUAUGUCACAUUAGUCACAAUAAACUUAAGGGAUUUAUACUGUCAAAUGCAUUGUUUUUAUUUAUCACAUUUUGUUAUAUUCAGUCCGUUAUAUCAAUAACAUCAAUAA